AAUAUUUUCGCGUAGGGAAGACGGCAGAUUUACAUUAUAUUAAUCAGUUGAUUUUGCAAAAUCGCUUGGUAUGUCCGGAUUAAUGUGUGCAUAAAGUGUGAGUAAAGUGAAUUAUAGAUGCCAUACCUACCUACCUAAUUAGAGGAGAGACAUAUACUGCAUAUCACACAUGUAUCUGCUUCACAUUUACUGAUAUGUCAAAACAAAUAUUAAGUAUAGGUAUACCUAACUUGUACUACUGUGGUAAAUAUGCAUUAUGCAAACGCCCCUACGACCUACGUUAUACCUACUUAUAUGUACCACCUACUUCAAUAUUUACUUGUGCUUAUAUCUACUUAAAGCUAAAAGGUGGUUUCAGUUUCAGUUGAUACCAAAUAAAAGAAUAACUACCUACGUCAAAAACCGUUCAAAUAAAAAAAUCGAAUUCUUAGCUUAAAGGUUCGUUGCAGUAUUUCAAAAACAAAUAAGCAAUGGGAACGUUAACACAGAACGGUUCGAACGCCUGCGAUGUUAUAUGUUUGCAAUUGAAGAAACCAAAAAGUUGGAAUUGGGAGCUCUCCACAUCUAAAUCUUCUCCCCAAAUAAUAUUACCUACAAUUAAAUUGUAUAAUUCAAAAGGGGAAUUAUUGUUAGAAGCUAAGGACCAUUCUCUGCAAAGGCGUAGUUGGAAUAGUUCUGACGUUGAUACAGAAGUAUCCAAAUUAAGACAAUUAAAAAAAUCAAAAAGUGACAUUUUUCAUAAUAGUUUUGUGAGCACCCGAAAGAGCAAGGUGCAAAGAAACGAUAAUAAUAAUGCGAUUUCACUCCAAAAGUGUUGCAGUGACUUUUCACAACAGCCCAUGGCAAAAGAUUCACUACGGAAAAGUCGAUCUGUUCGCGAUUUUCAUUGUCAACUAAAUGCUAGAGAUGAUGUCCUUUUUCGGAAGAUUCUUAAGCAGAAUGACGAAAGUGUAAAAAUGGCGACUAGUGGUAGUAGUGGAUCCCUGUCCAAUGAAGAACAAGGGAGAGUCCUGACGAAAGAACACAACGGCUAUAAACAUUUCCUGAACAAUAGUGGUGUUUUACCGGAAGUUAAUUGUUUGACUCACAAGAGGUAUAAAACACGUACGUGUAGUGCUGGAACUUUAAUUAUAGAGGAAAGUUUUAAAUAUGAAAAUCGAAGAAGACGUCAACGAGUAAAUCCAAAGACUAAGAUUAUUCAUGAAAAAGGCGAAGAUAAACAUCUUGGUUCGUUUUCUCAAAUUUUACACAAGCAUAACCGCGAAAAAUGUGCAUACGAUCUUAGUUCACCUGUGAGCGUGAAAAAAAAGCCUAUGUCUAGAUCCAAGUAUUUAGUAAAUGAGCUUGGAACUCCAUACAGUAAUGCAACUGUAGGAAAAGGAAGAGAUUGUGUAUUAGAUUUGCGUGGAGGUAAGUCUUUAAUAGGACAGACUUCAAAUCACAGUAACCAACGCAAAGUAGACGACGCGAACUACAAGCGUCGCCUUUGGGUCGACCAUGAUAUUAGAAUGGGAGCCAACGUAAGUAGGCAUUCCUCCAAAGGUUUGCAUGGUAGAAGAUCGCAAUCAAGUGGUAGUAUUUGUAAUUCAAAAGAUCGUCAUGCUUCUUCGGAUAACAAGAUGUGCGGUAGCCUUCCCAGUUAUUUAGAUGAUCGCAAUUCCCACUCGUGCAAUAAUAAUCAUCAUGAUUGCGAAAACUCGCAGUUACAUGGUGUGGAACGCAUACCAUCAUUAGGAAAUGCGGCUCCUUUGCAUUGGAAAUUUUCCGAUACUCAAGCUGUCCUGCAGUGCGACCAAGGAUACGGAUCCGAAAGAUCGCCCGAAGAGGAAUAUACAUCAGCAAUACAUGACGGAGCAUUCUUACAUUACAUGGAUUCUCAUACGUGUUAUCCUUUCAUAACACCAGAGAGCACCUUUAGUGUAGCCUUAACAAAAGGAUCAAGAGGUUUGGGUUUAAGUGUUUCUGGUGGGACUGAUAGUGGAAAUUCAUGGCCUGGUCUAAUUCGUAUCAAAAGACUGUUUCCUCAUCAACCUGCAGCGACAAGUGGCCUACUUAAUGUAGGAGAUUUGCUUUUAGAAGUAAAUGGAAUUACGCUUACCGGUUUAACAAAUUAUGAAGCUCUUGAAGUACUUCGUACCGCAUCUAGUCAAGUGGAAUUAACGGUCUGUAGGCCUCCACCAGAUGUUUUAAGUUGUGUAAGUCCUAUUUCUGAAGUUCCUCCCCCUCCCCCACGAAGGGAUCCGCCUAACAGUCUCAACCUUACACCACCUCCUUAUCAACCCACGCCCGAAGACGACCUGUAUCAUGGAGAGUUUGAGAUCACUCUUACAAAAAUACAUGGAUCAUUAGGAUUUACUUUACGUAAAGAAGAUGAGAGUGCUUUGGGUCAUUAUGUGAGAGCGUUGGUUCGGGAACCGGCUUUGUCAGAUGGACGAAUUCGUGCUGGCGAUAAAAUUAUUACAGUAAAUGAUGUAGAAAUUUCAUCAAUGACUCAUGAACAAGCUGUACAGUAUUUGAGACAAGCCGGAGAUGUAGUCAUAUUAAGACUUUAUCGAGAUCCAGUCCAAACACCAUUAUCAACAUUAUCUCCAUCAGAGGUUACACCAAGAAAUUCUCUAAUUCGAAAGCCAAAUCUCAGGCCAGAGGCGCUAGAUAUGUUAAACGAUAUUGCCAUGCGUAAGACAAGUAAUCAAGAUACCUAUCUACAUUCCACUUCGCCUAAUACCUCGCCCCGACGUUUACGUAGGCAACCUUAUUCAUCAGAAUCCUCACAGGCAACUGACACAUCUGCCAAGUAUCUUAUUUCUGAUGAACAGUUUCACGAAGGUUUAUUUAAGAAACCCUCUCUGGCAUUAGACGAUGAAGCAGAUCUUUAUAAUUCUUUGUUUUCUGUAGACUCCGAUGAUUGUGAUAGACCGUCUCGUCCAAGUUCUUUAGAUUUAUGUAACUCAAAAGGAACACCAGUUAUAACUAGAAAACCAAAAUUUAAUUUUUCACUUGCUCAUAAUGCCUACGAACUCAACAAUUUAGACCCAGAAAUACUGGAUGCCCCUAAUCUCAGUUACAAUUUAGGAAAAGACGACAUAAAUAAUUUGGAAGCAGAAUGUAGCGAUACUUUUCCACAACAACCAGUUAGUAUGCCACAUAUUCCUUCCGAUAGUCCCGAGUUUAGUUAUAAAAAUCCAGCUUAUCAAUCUGCUCAUCCACCGUGUGGUAAUGAAAAUUUCGCAACCGAAAAAGUUGUCGAUGGAAACAGUAUUAAAAAAUGGAAAGGUAUUGUAUUCAAUGUAGAUGAGAAUAAAGGUCAUGCUACCGAGAAUGGUGAAAUCGAGAGUGAAUAUGUGAUAUUGUCGAUUGAGCUAAAUCGUGGGUGGAAUAGCAGGUUGGGAUUCAGUUUACAAGGAGCUGCAUGUUAUACGUAUGUUAGUGCUGUGCAUGGAGAUAGUGUCGCAGCAAAAGAUGGACGUUUAAAACCAGGAGAUCGCUUACUAAAGGUGAACGAUGAAUCCGUUGAAAAUAUGAGUACAAGUGAAAUUAUCGAUUUGCUUCGUAUUGUAAGAGGUCCAGUAUGUAUUGUAGUAGCAAGGUAUAAAUCAAACAAAGACUGUACGUACAAAAAGCAAUGUUAAAAAAUUAUAGUACAAGGAAUAUUCUAAGAGAGCGUUUUAUCAAACAAACUGGUUUGCAAUUUACUAGGAAAGUAACUUUUUAUGUUAUGAUAUUGUUUUUCUGCUAGUUGCAUAUUUUGUGAUAAUUUUGUAUACAUGAUGUGCACCAUGUGAGCACUCGUUUUUUUUAUUAAGUUCAUAAGAUGUACUUUGAUUAGAUUCCUAAUAUGUUACCUAUUUCCAUCAAUGAGAUGUUUCAUAGUCUCAAAAGUUUGGUAUUUUUUAACUAGUCUACACGAUUAAUGACCGUUCGCAUCGACAAAUUUAUGGCAACCAUUGUCGCAAUAGUCGUUGGAUUUUGAGCUAAGCCUCGCUUAAAUUUUGUCAGUGCAAACGGCCAUAAUUAUUUUUUAUCUUAAUUGUUAACUACUACUUAGCGAAUUGUCCAUACUCUACAACUUACAACAAUAUCAAGUUAUACAUAGGUUUGUUGUAAAUUUUAGGAGACACUUGUAGUGAUGCAAGCAAAUUCUGUGUUAAAGAAAUACCAUCAAUUUAGAAAAAAUUUAAAUGUAUGUUUGUUCUACAUAGUUACAAAUUUGCUUAUCUGUUAGACAAUUCAACUAUACUGUAAAUAAAAUAUUCUAAAACUAUGCCUAUAUACUAAAAGUAUUUUUAAGAUAAAUUAUGUACUUAGUGAUAUAUUGACUAUGUAAAAAAUUUCUCGUCUU